AUGCCAUAUCCAGAUAUGUUGCAAGUGCCUCAGCCUUGCUGGACAUGCACAUCCUGCCGGGCGCCACGACGGACCAAUAGAAACCAGAGCCUCACUAGCUUCACGGCCAUCUUUACUGAUGACUGGAACCGAUCCUUUAACUCUAAGAAUCAUCGGCCGCGGCGGCGGAGAUUUGCCAGAAGCGGGGAAACGAUCUCAUGUUUCGCUCCCGUCUUCUGUGAAGACUGGAAAGAUGACGAGGAUGAAGUUGAAGCAGCUGCACCUGCUUAUGAAUAUGUCCCUCCUCAGAAAUGCCGCCCUUUCAUAAGGGACAUCGGCUGUAAAAGAAAAAGCGGUGCCGACGACUUCGCGGGUUCCCUGACCUCAAUAUGGCGUCCUGAUAAAGGACAGUAUGAAGAACACUAUAACUCGUGGACGGCCACAUCUCCCACGCCCCAACAAAACCAAUUCGAAGAGUCCGCGCCGUCAUCACGAGCGACUCCGGGAUGUCUCACCCCACCAUUCAUAAUACCCGUCAGCGAUGAAGAAACUUUCGUGGAAGGACGCGCAAGACCAGAACAUCCAUCGCAAAGCCUGCCAAGCUUAGUGCACCCCGGGUUUAUCGACAUCGCAACUGAAAUGGAGAGAUGUCCGUAUCCGACGUCAGUAGCAGAUGAAUCAGGAGACCCUUUUCCUGCGCUCACGGACCCGUUCAUCAAGGGCGAAGACAUUGUGGUACCCCUAAGAGAUGAUAUACCUGACCAACACUGGUUCCUGGGGGAUGACAGUGGGGCUGGAGACGGGGGGUUCGACCAUUGGGACCGAUUUAUAGAAUGGAGUAUUAGGGCUCGUGGCCGCCGUGAACGUGAGGACUUUCAGGAUUUGAGUACUUCGCGGGAGAUGAGCGUCGAGCAUGAUUUUGAGGAGUUUAUUUAGUAUUAGCUAGUUAUCCAUCUUCUACAAUACACUAGUAUCAAAGGGA